GGUCCUGACAGAGUCCACUCACCCACCUCCCUGGCCCUGCCCCUGGGCAGGUAGGAGGUGAGGAGUGGACAGCAGGCCCAGGCCAGAGUGGCCACUCAGGACCCUAGCACUGCCAGCUGCAGCUAUUCAGCUGCCCACCAACCUCCUGGUCCCUGAGUCCAGAAUGCAAGAAUGGCUAGCACAUCCCUGCCCAACCUGGUGCCCAUUGGCCCAGAUUGCUUGCGCCCCUUCACCCGGGAGUCCCUGGCAGCCAUAGAACAGCGGGCAGUGGAGGAGGAGGCCCGGCUGCAGCGGAACAAGCAGAUGGAAAUAGUGGAGCCAGAGCGGAAGCCACGCAGUGACCUAGAAGCUGGCAAGAAUCUGCCUCUCAUCUAUGGGGACCCCCCACCGGAAGUCAUUGGCAUCCCCCUGGAGGACUUGGACCCCUACUACAGUGACAAAAAGACCUUCAUCGUGCUCAACAAGGGCAAGUCCAUCUUUCGCUUCUCUGCCACGCCUGCUCUCUACAUCCUGAGCCCCUUCAGCAUCAUCAGGCGUGGUGCCAUCAAGGUGCUUAUCCACUCGCUGUUCAGCAUGUUCAUCAUGAUCACCAUCUUGACCAACUGUGUGUUCAUGACCAUGAGUGACCCGCCGCCCUGGUCCAAGGAUGUGGAGUACACCUUCACAGGGAUCUACACGUUUGAGUCCCUCAUCAAGAUGCUAGCCCGGGGCUUCUGCAUCGAUGACUUCACAUUCCUGAGGGACCCCUGGAACUGGCUGGACUUCAGUGUCAUCAUGAUGGCGUAUCUGACAGAGUUCGUGGACCUGGGAAACAUCUCAGCCCUGAGAACCUUCCGGGUACUGCGGGCCCUGAAAACCAUCACUGUCAUCCCAGGGCUGAAGACCAUUGUGGGGGCCCUGAUCCAGUCAGUGAAAAAGCUGUCCGACGUGAUGAUCCUCACCGUCUUUUGCCUAAGUGUCUUUGCCCUCGUGGGACUGCAGCUGUUCAUGGGGAACCUCCGUCAGAAGUGUGUGCGCUGGCCCCCACCCUUCAACGACACCAACACCACCACAUGGUACGGCAAUGACACGUGGUACGGCAAUGACACGUGGUACAACAGCCACGAGAGCUGGGCCAGCAACUCCACUUUUGACUGGGAUGCCUACAUCAGUGACGAAGAUAACUUCUAUUUCCUGGAGGGUUCCAAUGAUGCCCUGCUCUGUGGGAACAGCAGUGAUGCUGGGCACUGCCCUGAGGGGUAUGAAUGCAUGAAGGCUGGCCGGAACCCCAACUAUGGCUACACCAGCUACGACACCUUCAGCUGGGCCUUCCUGGCUCUCUUCCGCCUCAUGACCCAGGACUACUGGGAGAACCUCUUCCAGCUGACCCUUCGAGCAGCUGGCAAGACCUACAUGAUCUUCUUUGUGGUUAUCAUCUUUCUCGGCUCCUUCUACCUCAUCAAUCUGAUCCUGGCAGUGGUGGCCAUGGCCUAUGCAGAGCAGAAUGAGGCCACCCUGGCGGAGGACCAGGAGAAAGAGGAAGAGUUUCAGCAGAUGCUUGAGAAAUUCAAAAAGCACCAGGAAGAGCUGGAGAAGGCCAAGGCUGCCCAGGCUCUGGAAAGUGGAGAGGGAAAUGGGGACCAGGCCCACAGCAAAGACUGCAAUGGCAGCCUGGACACAUCAGCAGGGGAGAAGGGGCCCCCGAGGCCUAGCUGCAGUGCAGACAGUGCCAUCUCUGAUGCUAUGGAAGAGCUGGAAGAGGCCCACCAGAAGUGCCCACCUUGGUGGUACAAGUGCUCACACAAAGUGCUCAUAUGGAACUGCUGUGCCCCGUGGGUAAAGUUCAAGCACAUAAUCCACCUGAUUGUCAUGGACCCCUUCGUGGACCUGGGCAUCACCAUCUGCAUCGUGCUCAACACCCUCUUCAUGGCCAUGGAGCAUUAUCCCAUGACAGAGCACUUUGACAACGUGCUCUCUGUUGGCAACCUGGUCUUCACUGGCAUCUUCACUGCAGAGAUGGUGCUGAAGCUGAUCGCCAUGGAUCCCUAUGAGUAUUUCCAGCAGGGCUGGAACAUCUUUGACAGCAUCAUUGUCACCCUCAGCCUGGUGGAGCUGGGCCUGGCCAAUGUGCAGGGGCUGUCGGUGCUUCGCUCCUUCCGUCUGCUGCGGGUCUUCAAGCUGGCCAAGUCAUGGCCAACGCUCAACAUGCUCAUCAAGAUCAUCGGCAACUCGGUGGGGGCGCUGGGCAACCUGACAUUGGUGCUGGCCAUCAUCGUGUUCAUCUUUGCUGUGGUGGGCAUGCAGCUGUUUGGCAAGAGCUACAAGGAGUGUGUGUGCAAGAUCGCCUCAGACUGCAACCUGCCCCGCUGGCAUAUGCAUGACUUUUUCCACUCCUUCCUCAUUGUCUUCCGCAUCCUGUGUGGGGAAUGGAUCGAGACCAUGUGGGACUGCAUGGAGGUGGCCGGCCAGGCCAUGUGUCUCACAGUCUUCCUCAUGGUCAUGGUCAUCGGCAACCUGGUGGUCCUGAACCUCUUCCUGGCUCUCCUGCUGAGCUCCUUCAGCGCUGAUAGCCUAGCAGCCUCGGAUGAAGAUGGCGAGAUGAACAACCUACAGAUCGCCAUCGGGCGCAUCAAGUGGGGUAUUGGCUUCGCCAAGGCCUUCCUCCUGGGGCUGCUACAUGGCAAGGUCCUGAGCCCCAAGGACAUAAUGCUGAGCCUUGGGGAGCCUGGGGGCACUGGAGAGGCUGGAGAAGCUGGGGACAGUGCCCCUGAGGAUGAGAAGAAGGAGCUGCCACCUGAUGAGGGGGACAAGGACCUGAAGAAGAACAAUCACAUCCUCAACCACGUGGGCCUGGCUAACGGCACACCUACCAGCAUCGAGCUGGACCACCUCAACUUCAUCAAUAACCCUUAUCUGACUAUCCAGGUGCCCAUUGCCUCCGAGGAGUCAGAUCUGGAGAUGCCCACUGAGGAGGAGACUGACACAUUCUCAGAGCCUGAGGACAUCAAGAAGCCGCCUCCACCCCUCUAUGAUGGGAACUCCUCCGUCUGCAGCACAGCUGACUACAAGCCCCCCGAGGAAGACCCUGAGGAGCAGGCCGAGGAGAACCCCGAGGGAGAGCAGCCUGAGGAGUGCUUCACCGAAGCUUGUGUGCAGCGAUGUCCCUGCCUCUAUGUGGACAUCUCCCAGGGCCGUGGGAAGAUGUGGUGGACCCUUCGCAGGGCCUGCUUCAAGAUUGUUGAGCACAACUGGUUUGAGACCUUCAUUGUCUUCAUGAUUCUGCUCAGCAGUGGGGCUCUAGCCUUCGAGGACAUCUAUAUCGAGCAGCGGCGUGUCAUCCGCACCAUCCUGGAAUAUGCGGACAAGGUCUUCACCUACAUCUUCAUUGUGGAGAUGCUGCUCAAGUGGGUGGCGUACGGCUUCAAGGUGUACUUCACCAACGCCUGGUGCUGGCUUGACUUCCUCAUCGUGGAUGUCUCCAUCAUCAGCCUGGUAGCCAACUGGCUGGGCUAUUCGGAGCUGGGACCCAUCAAAUCUCUGCGCACACUGAGGGCCCUGCGUCCCCUGAGAGCGCUGUCUCGAUUUGAAGGCAUGAGGGUGGUCGUGAACGCCCUCUUGGGAGCCAUCCCCUCCAUCAUGAACGUGCUGCUGGUGUGCCUCAUCUUCUGGCUUAUCUUCAGCAUCAUGGGCGUCAACCUGUUUGCUGGAAAGUUCUACUACUGCAUCAACACCACCACCUCAGAGAGGUUUGACAUCUCGGAGGUCAACAACAAGUCGCAGUGUGAAAGCCUCAUGCACACAGGCCAGGUCCGCUGGCUCAACGUCAAGGUCAACUACGACAACGUGGGUCUGGGCUACCUCUCGCUCCUGCAGGUGGCCACCUUCAAGGGCUGGAUGGACAUCAUGUAUGCAGCUGUGGACUCUCGAGAGAAGGAAGAGCAGCCGCAGUAUGAGGUGAACCUCUACAUGUACCUCUACUUCGUCAUCUUCAUCAUCUUCGGGUCCUUCUUCACGCUCAACCUCUUCAUCGGUGUCAUCAUCGACAACUUUAACCAGCAGAAGAAGAAGUUUGGAGGAAAAGACAUCUUCAUGACAGAAGAACAGAAGAAAUACUAUAAUGCCAUGAAGAAGCUUGGCUCCAAGAAGCCCCAGAAGCCAAUCCCCCGGCCCCAGAACAAAAUCCAGGGCAUGGUGUACGACUUUGUGACGAAGCAGGUAUUCGACAUCACCAUCAUGAUCCUCAUCUGCCUCAACAUGGUCACCAUGAUGGUCGAGACAGACGACCAGAGCCAGCUCAAGGUGGACAUCCUGUACAAUAUCAACAUGGUCUUCAUCAUCAUCUUCACCGGGGAGUGCGUGCUCAAGAUGUUCGCGCUGCGCCACUACUACUUCACUGUCGGCUGGAACAUCUUCGACUUUGUGGUGGUCAUCCUGUCCAUCGUGGGCCUCGCGCUCUCCGAUCUGAUACAGAAAUACUUCGUGUCUCCCACGCUGUUCCGUGUGAUCCGUCUGGCUCGUAUUGGACGAGUCCUGCGACUGAUCCGUGGGGCUAAGGGCAUCCGGACGCUGCUCUUCGCCCUCAUGAUGUCUCUGCCUGCCCUCUUCAACAUUGGCCUCCUCCUCUUCCUUGUCAUGUUCAUCUACUCUAUCUUUGGCAUGUCCAACUUCGCCUAUGUCAAGAAAGAGUCGGGCAUCGACGACAUGUUCAACUUCGAGACCUUCGGCAACAGCAUCAUCUGUCUUUUUGAGAUCACCACGUCGGCUGGCUGGGAUGGGCUUCUGAACCCCAUCCUCAACAGUGGGCCCCCAGACUGUGACCCCACCCUGGAGAACCCAGGCACCCAUAUCAAGGGUGACUGUGGCAAUCCAUCCAUCGGCAUCUGCUUCUUCUGCAGCUACAUCAUCAUCUCCUUCCUCAUCGUGGUCAACAUGUACAUUGCCAUCAUCCUGGAGAACUUCAAUGUGGCCACGGAGGAGAGCAGCGAGCCCCUGUGUGAGGAUGACUUUGAGAUGUUUUAUGAGACGUGGGAGAAGUUUGACCCGGAUGCCACACAGUUCAUUGAUUACAACCGACUCUCCGACUUCGUGGACACCCUGCAGGAGCCGCUGAAGAUUGCCAAGCCCAACAAGAUCAAGCUCAUCACACUGGACCUGCCCAUGGUGCCAGGGGACAAGAUCCACUGCCUGGACAUCCUCUUUGCCCUCACCAAAGAGGUGCUGGGCGACUCUGGGGAAAUGGAUGCCCUCAAGCAGACAAUGGAGGAGAAAUUCAUGGCAGCCAAUCCUUCCAAGGUCUCCUACGAGCCCAUCACCACCACCCUCAAGAGGAAGCAGGAGGAGGUGUGUGCCAUCAAGAUCCAGAGGGCUUACCGCCGGCAUCUGCUGCAGCGCUCUGUGAAGCAGGCAUCCUACCUGUACCGCCACAGCCAGGAUGGCAGCGCGGAUGAGGCCCCAGAGAAGGAAGGACUCAUCGCCAGUGCCAUGAACAAGAUGUAUGGCCGUGAGAACGGAGGCCACUGCAGCGUCCACAGUCAGGGGGAGGAGGAAGGCUCUACAGGGGCUGAGGGACCCCCCGCGGGGCUCACACCUGUCAGCCCCUCAGAUCCUGCCCCACCCCCUGCCCCUCCACCAGGACAGACAGUGCGCCCAGGGGUCAAAGAGUCUCUUGUCUAGCAGGCAGCAUGAAAGCCGCCAGCUGAGCCUAAGCACGGGGCCCAGAGCUCCCCCCAGAGGGGCCUGUGUGCAGAACAAGGGAGUGGGGUUUUGAGUUUGGGGAUGCGUCCAGCUUCUUUGUGGGGGUCAGGAGUUGGUCAGGCUGGGGCUGAUACCUAGGCCAACGGAACUGCAGAUGGGGUCCGCCUUGAUUCCAUCUUUGAGGACCUCAUCUUACCUCCGUGGGGCUCUGUUGCCACUUCUCUUGCCUGAGGGAUGGCAAAAUGAAUACCCAUGAGUUGGGAGGAAACAGCCUACGACGGAGGAAAUGGCUGUCUCGCCUGCCCCAGUGUCAUAAGGACUACUGGCUUCUUCCCAGGAAGCGGUCCCUCAGCUCCAGCCUGGAUAGAAACAAGUCUUAACCUCAGGAGUGGAGAUGCCCUUCCCCAGGGCUCGGCCAGCUCUCCCUUCCUGAUUCUGGGGCGCACAUUUCCCCUGCCAGUUCAGGAAUUCCCUGGUUUUACCCUGGAAAUAUUACUGGUCCAGAAAUUACUACAGGAACCUGAUUGGCCACAGGCUCCUGAGGCAUCUGGCUGGAUUGUGACUUCUGAAACCUUUUGCCUGUGGCCAUAUCCAGGCCAUGGAGAACUCCCCUGGCUGGCCUUCAGGGGAAGAGCAGAAGACGGGAUUCCAGGAACUGCCCUUUUUUAGGAAUCAUGGAUGGGUAGAACAGGCUGCGUCCUGCCAGCUCUGCUGAAACACUUGGCAGCAAGAUGCCAGUGGGGUCAGGGGUGCAGAAGAUUCUGUUCAUUUCCACUCUUCCCUCCUCACACCUUCAUUAGACCACCAGGGUUUCUUGUAGCCCCAGCAAGCUGCAGAGAUGUCUCCCUUCUUAUCUCACCCCUUGCCCAACUCUUCCUCCCUCGUCAUCCUUCUCCACCUCCUCAAAAUAUGACCGAAGAAUGUUAGAGUUGAACUCACGUGGACUCAUGUGUUGACACUGGGGCAGGUAGUAGAGGAGGCUCCGCUGGCUUGGGCUCAGCCUUCCAACUUCCUACUGCCUGGAAAGCUAGUUCUGUUGGCUCUGCUCAUCUGGACAUGGCUACAGUAGGCUUUGUUGGCUCCCAGAGGAUGGAGGUUAGGUUUAAAGGAGGAUGUGAAAGUUCUGCUCAGGGGUCUCUGGAUUCAGUCACUGUAUGCAUACCUGUGCAACUGUGUGUCUAGUGGAUAGCUGGGAGUGAGCCACUGUGUAGAGGUGCCUAAAGAUACAUGCUAUGUCUGAGUAUCUUUGUUUCUGUGUGUGUCAAGUGUGCCCUGGAGUGUUGUCCUUGGUCUUCUGUAUAACUCUGUUCGUGUAAAUGUGCCUGAAUAGGGAAGAGUGUGCUAUGAGAGUUGGAGUGAAUGUAAACACGUGGUAAGGUUUGCACAGAGUCCCCCAUUGGACUAAGUUCCUCUUCUUUUUCUUCUUGUUCUACAUAAGCAGUUUGAUUAAAACUCAGGAAGCAGCAAAACCUUGAAAUUGAGAUGAAUGUGUACGUGUGUGUGUGUGUGUGUGUGUGUGUGUGUGUGUUCACAUCUGUGUGUGCCUAUAGGCAUCUCCCUUACUGUCUGCCCUGCUGUCCCCUCCCUUCCAUCUCCCUCCCUUCUCAUGCAUCCUUCGAUCCUGCUUCUUGUCCUCACACCCAUGGCUUCAGUCCCAUCUCUUUUUCCCUGAUGAGCCUUUUCUGUGGAAGAUGUCAGGUCCUUCCUUGUGGACUCUUUCAGAAGUUCCUCCAGCGAGGGCCAGGCUCCCCCUGCUCACUACCUUGCUUCUCUGCCUUCCCUGCUUAGGCCCCAACCCACAACACCCCACAGCCUCAGGAAUCUACCGGGUGGGUGUUCACACACUGGGAACCAACUGCAGAGAAGUAAUGAGCAGGGUUUGGUCCCCUCCCAUGUAGACUGACACCUGUUCCCAAUUGGUCCCAGGGGGAACCAGCCCCACACCAGGCUGGCAGACAAGCUUCUUUGUACAGUUCUUACAAUAAACCUUCCCUAGGUCCUUCUGA